GGUUUUCUUAAUGGUGUAUUUGAAAUAUAAAUUUUGCUCGAAAGUAAUUACAGGAUAUUUCAUGUAAAAAGUCAAAAGCCAAAAAUCCUCCGUCCUCUCUCCUACCUGCUGUUUCGCUUGUUUUCGUCACCGCCGUAAAACAUCAUCGCCGUCCCAAUUUCUUUGGGUUUAAGGACUUCUACCUCAGAUUAUCCCAUCUGAGAAGAGCUUUCACCGGAGAUAUCAACGUCUUCUGUCCGGUUUUGUUGACAAAAUCAACUCUGUGUUUUGCUCUGUCGGUUCUCGAGUUCUGGGUUUUGGAUAUUUGUGGUUCUGGUGUGGUUUGCUUCCAAUUACUCUUUGCGUUUUGCUUUAUCAGUUAUUGGUUACUGGUUUGUGGAUAUUUGUGUUUCUGGUGUGGAUUGGUUUCAAUUUUAAGGUUUUCCAAUGGAGGCUCAGCUGGAAAAUGUCCUUCAGGGGUUGUCAAUUGAAGAGGAGGAUGAUGUUCCUCUUCUUAUCUCUGAUGCUCCGAUUUUCAGUUCUGCUGUUAGGAAUCAGCGAAGCGUGAUGGGGCGUUUUCUAAACCCGGAUAAUCAACGUAUGUCUAAAUGGAUUUUAGAGAUGCCACGAAUCUGGCGAUUGUAUGACCGAGUUAAAGGAGUGGCUUUAUCAAGAGACCGCUUUCAAUUCAUUUUCAAGUAUGAAGAGGAUUUGAUGGAGGUGCUUAAGACAGGAGUAUGGACUCAAGAUGACUCGGUGUGGUUAUGGAGAGAUGGGUGGAAUUAUCUCUCCAUCAAACUAGAUUUUAAUCCGCGGUGUACCGCGAGAUGAUUUAAUUUUA